AAGUGGGAUGAAGGUAUCGGAUAGAUAGAAGGACUACUCACUCGAUAACUAGGAAGAACGCCGCUCGUCCGCGACUCUUGCUUUGGUCUCGCCGACAUCGCCGAUCACCUUCACCCCCAUAGACGAAGACUUGCAGUUAAUAAUGUUGGAAAUAAGGACUCCCAAACAAGGAAGAGCCAGACGGGAGAUAGAGAAACGUGCCCCUAAACUUGUUGAAAAUGGGAAGAAGACCCUAAUACUUCAUGGCACAAAAACCAGCAAUACCGUAAAUGCUGUAUUAACGGAAAUCUAUCACCUUAAAAAGGAUAAUUCUGUUAAGUAUUCUCGGAGGAAUGAUAACAUCAGGCCAUUUGAGAGUGGUGGUGAAACUUCUUUAGAGUUUUUCUCGCUCAAAACUGAUUGCAGUCUUUUUGUGUAUGGUUCUCACUCAAAGAAGCGGCCUGACAAUCUUGUUAUAGGGCGAACUUAUGAUCACCAUAUUUAUGAUCUUGUAGAGGUUGGAAUUGAAAAUUUCAAAAGCAUGGAGUCAUUCUCAUAUGAUAAGAAAUGGGCUCCCCAAAUUGGUUCAAAACCUUUCUUUGCUUUUAUCGGUGAAGGAUUUGAGAGUGUGGAAGAGCUGAAACAUUUGAAGGAAGUGUUGCUUGAUUUGUUCCGAGGAGUGGUUGUUUCAAAUUUAAACCUUUCUGGGUUGGACCGUGUUUAUGUGUGCACUGCUGUCUCUUCAAAUAAGGUGUUCUUUACUCAUUGUGGUCUGCGCCUUAAAAAAUCUGGUACCAUAGUCCCAAGGAUGGAGCUUGUUGAAGUUGGCCCGUCCAUGGAUUUGGUAGUUCGGCGGCAUCGUCUUCCUGAUGACAAUUUGAAGAAAGAGGCUAUGAAGGCAGCUCCUAUACUGGCUAAGAAGGAGAAAAAUGUUAGCCGAGAUGCAAUACAGGGGAAAAUUGGGAAGAUAUAUAUUCCAGACCAACAGGUUGGUGAGACGGCACUACCUAACAAAUCGAAGGGGCUAAAGAGGGAGCGUCGGGAAGCUAAGAUGAAAGGUGACCCAAACAAGCAUGUUGUGAAGAAGCAGAAGCAAGAUUCUUAACAAUCCUAUUUGACCCUUGAUCGGCUGUAGAUGCUGUUGUUGAGGCAAUGCAAUUUUGUUCAGAACUGAAGGGUUUUAACAGAUAUCCAGAUAGGUUUCUUUACUUUCUAUUUAUAUGUUUCACUUCCUUUUGCAAUCAAUUGUGAGUGGGUAUGUAUCGAAUUAGCAUAUCACUGCAUUCAAUUUAAUCAGAGUUUUGAUACUGAUAAUUUGUUAUGUCACAGCUGAACAAAAACAAUGUGUACUUAAUUAUGCACAUGCACAUGCUUUGUUUAUGCAGACCAUACCUAUUUUAUCA